AAAAAAGAAAUGGGAUGAAGCUUGAAAUCGAAAUCUUGCAGAGCAAAGAAGGCAUUGAUGGAGGCACGAAACCCUUCUCCUUCACCGUCACAGUCGCCGGUUAGAGUCCUCAUUCGCCCUUCGUCGUCUCCUUCUUCCUCAUCCUCCGACCAUCCCUCAGCCUCUGCGCCGCUCCCUCGCUCCUCUGACGGCGUCGUUGUUGUUGGUUUCAUCUCUCGGCGACGCGACGAUUCCACUCAGCUUCUCAACCGAGUCAUCGACUCCAACGCCUUCGCCUCCGGCAAUCUCGACACGCCGUUGUUCGUUGACGAUGAGGAAGCCAGGGAGUGGUUCAAGCGGAGGAGAAUUAGCUACUUCCACGACCUCGAUAGGGGGAUUUUGUUUCUUCAGUUCUCGUCCACUCGCUGUCCCGCGAUUCACGCCGACGUGGAACCCGCGCCGGGAUUUGAUUCCGUCGUCGAAGAGCACGAGUUCGGUGACCUACAGGGAAUGCUUUUCAUGUUCUCUGUUUGCCAUGUUAUCAUAUAUAUUCAGGAGGGGUCACAGUUUGGAACUAGGAUUUUAAGGAAUUUUCGUGUACUACAAGCGGCCAAGCAUGCUAUGGUUCCUUUUGUUAGAUCCCAAGCUACACCACCUUUACUGUCUAGAUCGCAUCCUUCACCGUCCUCCCGACCUGCUUCGUUGGCGAACAAUUCUUCUCCAGGUAGAGGUGGUGGUAACUUGAGUCGCAAUGCCUCGGCCAUAUCUCUCAUGUCAGGUUUAGGUUCUUAUACUUCUUUGUUUCCAGGACAGUGCAUACCUGUCACACUGUUUGUAUUCGUCGAUGACUUCUCCAAUUUAUCAAAUUCCAGCACAAGCGGGGAGGACUCUUCGGAAGUCUCUUCACUUAAUCAGUCUUCUAGUUUGAGUGGUGUAUCCAAGGGAAAUCUACCCGCUAAAGGUUCAGGUUCUGUAGUUGUACUGGCACGCCCUGCAAGUCGAUCUGAAGGGGGGUUUAGGAAGAAACUGCAAUCAUCUCUUGAAGCACAAAUUCGCUUCCUGGUUAAGAAAUGUCGAACAUUAUCAGGUUCUGAAAUAACUCAUUCUGGUGUGAGAACUGGGGGUACCUCAACUUCUGCACCUUUGUUUUCUCUUGAUGCAUCAAGGACAGUUGUCUUGUUAGAUCAGCUAUCAAACAAAAAAGGUGAGUCACUUGAGUUUGCCACUGGACUUGUUGAAGAUGUCUUAAAUGGGAAGGCAACCUCAGAUUCCCUUCUUGAAAGCCAUGGCCAAAGUACAAGCAAAGAAGAUUUAAUAUCUGUUAAGGAUUUCAUUUACAGGCAAUCAGAUAUAUUGAGAGGGAGAGGGGGAGUAGUUAACACCAACAGUGGUUCGGCUGCUGGUGUUGGUAUGGUUGCUGUUGCUGCAGCUGCAGCUGCUGCCUCAGCUGCAUCUGGGAAAACACUAGCUACUCCUGAUCUUCCAAAUUUUGAAGUUUGGUUAUCUUCUAGUCAUCAUAUCUUGAGUAGAGUUCUCUGUGCAAAAGGGGGUUGUUUGGAUGAAUAUGAAAUUAUUAAAAGAAAACCUCGUCCAAAGAACACUGUUUCACCAGCAGUGGAAGGAUCUUUGAAGAGUACUAAUCCUUUAGAUGUUGCUGUAUCUUGGUUACAAAGUGGCAGAGGGUUGAACACUAAAUUUUCAACUAAGUGGUGUCAAAGAGCCAUUCCAGCUGCAAAGGAGAUUUAUUUGAAAGAUUUGCCUGCCUGGUAUCCUACUUCACAGCAUGAAGCCCAUUUAGCUAUGGCCUUGCAUGCAUUUCGCUCAAUGGUAAAAGGAUCUGCAGUGGAACUUUUUUCUAAAAAGCUUGAAGAAGAAUGCACUUCCAUUUGGAAAUCGGGAAGGCAACUGUGCGAUGCUGUUAGUUUGACGGGAAAACCAUGCAUGCACCAAAGGCAUGAUGUUGAAACCAGUAAUUCAGACUUAGGAACUUUGACCAAGCCACAUUCUAGUGGCUACUUUUUCCUUCAAGCAUGUGCUUGUGGUCGUUCCCGACAGCUACAUGCCGAUCCUUUUGAUUUUGAAUCAGCUGAUGCUAGUUGCUACUCUGACUGUGAUAAGUUACUUCCUGCAGUCAAACUACCGGAAAUGGAAGUUGCAGGACUUGUUCAAUCGCCCACUUGGAAUUUGCUUCGUGUUGGAGGUGCAAGAUAUUAUGAAUCUUCUAAAGGCUUACUUCAAAGUGGAUUUUCUGCCACUGAGAAGUUUCUUUUGAAAUGGACAAUAUACCUAGAGAAACAGAAGAGAUCAAAUGGUUCGGCAGAGAGUAUAGUGAAGCAAGAUUCUGUAAUUAAGGAACCCAAGGUUGAAUAUAUUGCUGAUGCUAAGAAAAAUGGUGUUAGACAACCCCACCCUGCUGUGCAGAAUGGAGUGGAAGACCAAGGAACAUCUUUAGAUAUCAUGAAUGCUGAUGAUAAAAAGAUAAGUUUUGGAAGAGGUUUUCCCACUUUCAAAAUGAGAAAGCCUUUUUCUGAGGUUGUUGCUGGAUCAGCAGCUAGUGACUCUGGAUUCCCUCCUCUUCAACAAAGGAAAUUGCCUACACCAGGUUCAGAAAAGAGUAUGAAGCAAAGCAGGUCAAUUAAUCAGAACCUGGAACGGGUUAAUGCAUCCAUUGACCAUGGAAUUUCUCAAAAAUAUCAAGAUAUAUCAUUUACUCAGGGACCUCUUGAUGGUAAUAGCAAUAAUAUCUGCAGGGAUAGUGACCCUUUUUUGAGGAUAGGUAGCAAUGUAGUCCCGGUAUACUUGAAUGGUGGUGAAAGGAACAAGUCACAUUCUUCUUUAAAGCAUGUAAUAGUAUAUGUUGGAUUUGAGCAUGAAUGCCCUCGUGGCCACCGUUUCCUGUUGAAGGCAGAACAUCUUACUGACCUUGGAUCUUCAUACUCAUUAUCUGAAGAAUCUCAUAUAUCUUCUUCUGUGGAGCCUGCUGGCAGAAAUCAUGCACAUCAUACUAGAGUAAGCAAGAAUGCUUCCUGGACCAAAGUUCAUCAAAGCUCAAAUAAAAUUCUUUCUGCAACCUCAUACGAGGAAAGAGAUGUGAAAAAAUCUAAUGAAAUGAUUCCUAAUGGUGAUUUGAAUUCAGACAGACUAAUAUAUACUUCCAUUCCACUAAAGGAACAUAAUUUGACAUCAAUGAAUGCAUUUGCUAGCCCCCUGAAUCUUAUAAAAGAUUUUGGAGGGGAUCUUCAAGCUGUUAGCAUGAGUGGGGAUGAUCUUGCAUUCUCCAUGUUAAAUCGAAACUUGCCUAUCUACAUGAUCUGUCCUCACUGCCGGCAUUCUAGGAAUAAGAAGGAUACACCAAAGGUUAAGUUUGCCAGUGGUAUCUCGCAGCUUAAACGGAUAAUUUUGGUGACACCUGCAUUUCCUGUGGUACUUGCAACAUGCCCUGUUGUACAAUUUGAGACAUCAUGCCUGCCUCCCUCAGUUCCAGACCGUGAACAAAAAUUGCAGUUUAGCAUUGGAUGUCAAGUGAUCUUGCCACCAGAGAGCUUCCUUACCCUUAAAUUACCAUUUGUGUAUGGUGUGCAGCUUGAAGAUGGAAACAAACAUCCUCUUAAGCCCUUUGAACAACAGCCUGAAAUGACUGCUUGGAUUACCAAGGGCACAGUACUUCAGAUCUUGUCCAAAGGGAUCAAUGACGAGGGAUGUCAAACACAGUAAAAGCUUACUAAAUCACUGAGUGGCCUUGCUAGAAUGAAAAGGAAAGGAUGUGAAUAGCUUCUCCAAAACUCAGGGCAAGUAAUUUUGGGGAUGAUGAGGAUGGUCCUGAAUUGAAUUACUAAGCUGUAAUGGAAAUGCAUGGAGUUCAUCAUCAUUCAGGCAUGAACUGGUGCAAUUGUGGACCUCUUGGCUACUUAUGGCCCCAAGGUUGGCUUUCUAGCUUGUUCAUAACCUCUUUUAUAAACUCGUGUGGAUAACUGCAAAUUCAUGGUUCAAGUAUUGCUGUCUGGACUGAUAUGGAUGAGACUGCCCUUUACGAUGGAAGUGUUCUAGAGUUGGGAGGAGUUUGAUAUGUGCAUCAAUAACCAGAGAAUUAGAAUGGUCCUAGACUCCUAGUAAUGGUGAAGCCCCCUCAAAGUUAUAGUCGAUGAAAGGGUGGAUGGCAGCAUCUACGUAGAAGAUCGUGUAACCAAGACACCAAUUAUUAUCUUUCAUGUAGUGAGCAUAUAUAAGCAAUGGUAUUGAUCCUGUGCAUUUCAAUAUUCUACCAAAACCACGAAGGACAAAAGGGACAAGCAGGGGCUAGCAAGGAAAAACUAUGCGCAAUGCUGUCUCUUGAUUUCCAGGACUGGGGGGCCAUAAAAUGUUCUGAGUGAUGUCAAAUUUGUCUGUGUUCAGGGUUCUUGGUAUUGUUAACUUGCUGAUCAUCAAAGUGCUUGAUUGGAGCUGUGGAUGGUCGUUGAGAAAGACUUAAAACACUGUAAUUUUUACAUAAUGUUGAAACUUUGUUGUUUGACGCCCUACAUCCUCAACUGAUUAACAUUAAGAGGGGAAAAAGCAUACUGUGCCUUUUUAUGAGUAAACCUUUAUUUUAAUU